CUCUCUCAGACACACACACACACCAUGUGGCUUGCACCACAUGCCACUUGCUACUCACCCCCACUCAUUUACUUUUUAUCCUCUCCUCCCUCUCUCUUAUUCUUAUCAUCAUCAUCAUCACCAUCAUCAUUCUCUUCCAUCUCUUCACCUCUCUCUCUCUCCAUAGUCAUCUCCUCUAGCUUCUCUUUUCUUUGUAACUGUGCUGUGCUUCCUCUCUUUCUUCCCUCACCACCAUCUCUUGAAGCUAAUUUUUUUUUAUAUUGACUGUAAUAAAAUAAGGAAAAGAAAGGGGCGCACGCACGCACCUACGAAACCCUAGCGGUGUCUUCUAUAGCAUGGACCAGGCCACCAAGGUCGCGGAGGCCGAGGGCAAGGGCAAGGGGUUCGGCUUCCCCAACGGGGCGCUGAGGAAGCACCACCACCGCCCGCCGGCCCCCGCGGAGGCGGAGUUCCUGUACCGCGAGUGUCUCAAAAACCACGCCGCCAGCCUCGGCGGCCACGCUCUCGACGGCUGCGGCGAGUUCAUGCUCUCGCCUACCGCCGACCCCGCCGACCCCACCUCCCUCCGCUGCGCCGCCUGCGGCUGCCACCGUAACUUCCACCGCCGGCUUGCUGACCCGCCCUCCCACCGCCACCGUGGCCACCCCCGGGACGAGGAGGAUGACGAGAGGGACGGCGUGGAGGAUGAGGAUGAGGGGGAGGACGAGGAUGAGGACGAGGAGGAGGUCGGGGCGAAGAUCGACGGCCGUAGGGACCGUCCUCGCCCCCUCCGGGGCUCCGCUUCGCCUCCGGCCUUCUUUUCCUCCGCCCCCCACAUGCUCCUCGCCCUCAGCGCCGGCCUUCCCGGCAGCCCGGGAACGAUCCCGGUGAGGCCGGUAGCCGCUCCGACCGCGGCCGCGGCACCGGUGGCGGCGGUGGGCGCCCCCGCGGCGGAGGCCGCGCAGCCGCGGAAGAGGUUCCGGACCAAGUUCAGCCCGGAGCAGAAGGGGCGGAUGCAGGAGCUGUCGGAGCGGCUGGGGUGGCGGAUGCAGAAGAGGGACGAGGGGCUGGUGGAGGAGUGCUGCCGGGAGAUCGGCGUCGACAAAGGGGUCUUUAAGGUCUGGAUGCACAACAACAAGCACACCUUCCUGGGCCUGGCAAGGAGAGGCGACCCGGCCAGCCGCAGCGCCCGCAGCGAGGGUGGCAUUGGUGGCGGAGACGUCAGCCAACCUGAGGGCAGCGGCCACGCCAACGGCGGCGACGAGGGCGACGGCGGCCAUGGGCAUGUGGUGAAUGGUUCUCUCUCCUCUUCUUGAGCUGGCUGUCACUGUGCUACUCAUGCUGUUGUUGCUAUUAUUACAGUAGUGAUAGUAGUAGUUGCAGUUCAUGGUUAA